AAUUAUCUCACUCUGAAGACUUUAUUUCAGAUGAACACAAUAAUAUGGUUGAUGAUAUAUCUGUUGAAUGCAAUAAUUUGAUUAAUGAUAAUGAUGUAUCGAAUGAACAUAAUAACCUGGUUAAUAAUAAAGAUUAUAUGGUUAAUGAUGAUAAUAAUCUGGUUAAAGAAUAUGAAGAUAGCUGGGUUAAUAACAACUAUAAUAACAUGGUUAAUGAUAAUAAUGAUAACCUAGUUAACAAUGAUAAUGAUAACCUAGUUAAUGAAAAUAACCAAGAUAAUUCACUUUGCUCAAUCUUACAAAACCAAUCCAAAAAUAUGUCAAAAACACCAAACUUAAACGAAAUAAAGUUGAUUUCUAUUAUGAAACAUUCAGGACGAAGCUGGGUUUGGUCUUAUUAUCAAUGUUAUGAAGCUGUAUCACCCUACAAAUCAAUUGUAAGUUGUUUAGUAGAA